UCUGGCUUCACUCAACAACGUCUGUUCUCUAGAUUUUCAGAGGCCUUAAUUAGUGAAUUACAUCCCCAAUACAGUUAAAGUUAAAACCCUUUCGGAACUGAAGGCAUCGUUUUACCGUGCGCAGUGUUUGGUUUGUCAAGGAGUGUUGACAUUCACAAUUCAAGAGGUUAUAUACUUUUUAAAAUUCAACCAAAAUGGUUAUCGAACACAAAGUAAAGGGAUAUGAAAAUUUUGUUGAAUUCAUGAGUGCGUUAGACAGCAGUGGAAAGCCAAUUUAUGUUUAUUUCAGUGGUGAUAAAGCAAAUGGGGAGAGUUGGUGUCCGGACUGCAUAAAAGCUGAGCCAGUAGUUCGAGAACAACUGAAACAUGCCGAUCCUGAAUCUGUCUUCAUAUACGUCGAAGUAGGCGACAGACCAACGUGGAAAAAUCCACAAUGUCCCUUCAGAAAAGAUAGCAGGACUAAAUUGAUGCAAAUUCCAACUUUAGUACGAUGGGGGGGACCACAAAAACUAGCUGGUGAACAGUGUGAGAAGCCAGAGCUAGUUGAGAUGCUGUUCACAGAUGAAGAUUGAUUAUCACCUAUACAUAAAGCAUUUAAAUAAGAUUUAUUUUUCCAUAUACAUAAGAGAAUAAAUGAUUUUAUUGAUAUUUUGAGCUUUCAAAUUGAUAAAUUGUUACUGGACCGCA